AUGUCAUACAAUUCCUAUCAGAACCACCAACAGGGUGGAAGGAUACAUAAGCAACCGUAUCACCAACGAGAAUCGGGACUGAAUUUUCUGCAGAACAUCGACCAUCAACUUGCCAGUCAAGAUAAGAAACAAGCUUUUCGAAGAACAGUUGAUCAUGGAAACAACAUGACCCGUUGGUUUAUUGAAAAAUCUAUGGGCUUAAAUACCCGUCACCAACAACCUAUUGGUGUGGUUCGACCGGAAAGUUCAUAUUUAAUUGAUUUACUCCCGUCAAUGGCAUACUCAUCAAGUUUCAAUUUGGACAGAAGAAAUAACAAGAACAAUCUCGGGACAUUUGACUUGGCAACUAAGUUGGUACAUUUAAGUUCAAAUAAAGUCAAGCAUUCAAUAAAUACCGUGAAAUGGACUCCCGAAGGGCGAAGGCUAUUAGUAGCAUCCCACUCGGGUGAAUUCACAUUAUGGAAUGGAAUGACCUUCAAUUUUGAAACCAUUAUGCAAGCCCAUGAAAGUCCUAUUCUAACAAUGCAAUAUUCAAAUAAUGACGAAUGGUUACUAAGUGGAGAUCAAAAUGGUACUGUUAAAUACUGGCAGCCCAAUUUCAACAAUGUGAACAAUAUAGCGGCACACUCAAAUGGAGUACGUGAUAUUGCCUUUUCUCCAAAUGACUCCAAGUUCCUUACUUGUGGUGAUGACUCAAUGUUAAAGAUUUGGAAUUUUAGCAAUGGACAAGAGGAACGAACCUUGACUGGACACAACUGGGAAGUGAAAAGUGCUGAUUGGCACCCAGAUUUGGGGCUUAUCGUCAGUGGAUCAAAGGACAAUCUAGUCAAAUUGUGGGAUCCUCGAGCUUCUCAAUGCAUUGCCACACUACAUGGGUUUAAACACACGGUGAACACAACGAGGUUCCAACCAUGUGGGACAAAGAGAUUAUUAGCUUCAGUGUCGCGUGACCGUUCUUGUCGUAUAUUUGAUUUGACAACAAUGAAGGAUAUGUUGGUAAUUCGUGAUUCAGAAACUGAUCUUUCAUGUUGCGCUUGGCAUCCACUUCACGCAUCAAUGUUGACUACAGCUGCAUUCAAUGGGUCCAUCAACCACUACUUGCUCAACUCCUACAUUCCAGACUCCAAUGAAUCAAUACCAAAAAAAGUCAAUACCAAUAUAACCAAUGAGACAGGAUCCAUCGAGGCGGUACACCGUAUACCAUACGCACAUGAGAAAGCAAUUCACGCUUUGGAGUUUCACCCUAUGGGACAUCUUCUUUGUUCAGCUGGAUCAGACAAAACUGCUAGAUUCUGGUCGCGCGCAAGGCCCAAUGACCCCAUGGCUUGGAAAGAUGCUGUUUACACUGAUGAUAAGGUGGGAGCAUGGUACUACACAUUGAACAAUAAUGUAAAUGCAGUAAUGGAAGAUGCGUGA